ACUGCCAGUGGAGCGCCAUUACGGGCUGCAGUCCUUCAAGUUGCACGCAAGUGGGCUACUUCUACUUCCGCCUUGCUCACUGAUUGCAUUUGAUUCGAUUUACAUUCAAGUAUCUGUUUUCUCUGAAAUUCUUAACCGUGGCCAACCCUCACUGGCACCUCACCAAAUUAUCAACAAGCCGCUUUGAACUGAAACUUGGACGACCGAGCGUUUGACGAUGGAGUCUUUGCAAUCUCGUUUAGACUCAUUUCUCAAAACCAAACGGAUAAAAAAGCACUCCUCUAAGUCUUCGUCUACAUCUGCAUCAGUAAAAUGGCCACAUCCACCGACAUUCAAAGCAACAGCCAGCACCCUCUCGGAAGCAGGAUUCUACUUCGAUCCAAGCUGGGACGAUCGAGACUCUGUCGCUUGCUUUCUCUGCGGAAAAGAAUUGAGUGACUGGGAUGCUGAUGACGAUCCAUUUGACAUACAUUACACCAAAUGUCGUAAUACAUGUCCUUGGGCAGUUGUGAGGUGUGGUUUAAGAGACGAUGUAGAUGAGGAUGGAAGCUACAUUUUUUCGAACAAAACGCGUCUUCCAUCCUCAAAAAUUAUGGAAAAGGCACGUCUAGGAACUUUCAAAGGGGGGGAUUGGUGGCCUCAUGAUGCGAUUCCUGGGCAUGGUGCUUGUUCCAAAAAAAUGGCUCAAGCAGGUUUUGUUUAUACACCACAGAUAUCGGGCGACGAUACUGCCACAUGUCUGUAUUGCAAUCUUUCAUUAGGUGGAUGGGACAAAGAUGAUGAUCCACUGUAGGUCCUGUUUUUAUUGCGAUGUGAUUCAGUGGCCAAUGGCAUGUGAUCAGCCAAGAACAUCGCAAACGUGAAAGUAAAUCUGGCGCCCUCUGCCCAUUCUUUGCGGGGGCUUCUGCUCCUCCUUCAAAGCCCUCUGCCCCUUCUUCGCGAUCAACUCUAGGAAAGUCAGCCAAUACAAGAGGAGGGAGGACAAGAGCCGCGUCGCGCACGCGAUCCAAGCCCAAAGAAUCCGUGGUUGAAGAGGCACAAAGUCAACACUCCGAAGACGAGCUUGCCGUUGUGGAAAUAUCUGACUCGCCACCG